AUGGAAAAGUCUGGGGCGCGGUCACUCGGGCAUGGUAUUCCCGGCGCAAAAUCUCCCAUUGCGUUAGAUUACAACGCCGCCCCGCUGUUCGCCUCGGAAAACGCCUCCAGUGAAGUGUGGAGCGCGGGCGGCGGGGCCGGCGGCGCGGCAGCAUGCGGUAGCAGCGGCAUGGACCUGAAACACGAGGUGGCGUACCGCGGCGUGCUGCCCGGCCAGGUGAAGGCGGAGCCCGGGGUGAGCCACAACGGGCACCCGGCCAACGGGCACGUGCGAGAUUGGAUGGCGGCGGGCGCGGCCGGCGGGGGCUCCCCGCCGCCGGGCGCCGCCGCCCAGCCGCAGCCCAACAACGGCUACUCUUCGCCGCUGUCCUCGGGCAGCUACGGCCCGUACAGCCCCAACGGGAAAAUAGGUCGGUACCGCUUCCAACGUCCGCCAGCGGCUCUGCCUUUGUGUUCUUUUCCCAAUUUGUUUAGAUUAGAAGAGAAC